AUGGCCUUCAGUGCUGAAGAACAUGGUGAUUGGCGACCGCAUACCGGUUGCAAAUGUCCUUUUAGCAGAAAGAAACUUACAGAACUCUGGUUAAUCGAAGUACCAGUGGCUCAUCCUGUCGUGAGAGGAGCUUCUGCCGUACUCGCAAUACCGUUUGCACCUGUAGUACUUGCAUCUAAACUAUUAUUUUCACCAACUACCCCCACACUCAACGUUGUCGCUCAUUUGGCAAUCGAAUGUAUAUAUCGUUGUUCGCAGUGUGGCGAUGUUGAUUAUUACACGUUCGAGUUUUCAGGAGCAGGCAAAGAAUCGCGUUGUGGUCGAUAUGAAAACAUUAGCCGUUUGAAGUCAUCCAGUCGAGAGAUGACACUUGAAGACCUAUACAAUAUCUUUUUACGGACCUGGCCGCAUGCUACAGCAAGCGACUACAAUAGCCUUACCAAGAACUGUCAACAUUUUGCCACAGACAUGUGGGCAAAAAUCUAA